UCACCUUCUUCUAUUCUCUGUUUAUCGGAAAUUCGGAAAAUUAUUGCAGAAAAACCCUAGAAAUCUUGAAUUUGCAGAAACCAAGCAGGCAAAGAUGACGCAGAAGGCGAAUAUGUUCAAAGGUAAACAAAAGAAGAAGGCUGUUCCUCCCAGUCGCCAUGGAAAAGACUCUCACAUUCGUAAAGGAAAGAGAGCUAUUAAGCCAUUGAAGGUUACCAAGGAAAUGGAUGCUAGUAAGGAUGUAAGCAAGUUCAUUAACUACUGCAAUGAGGUAAAAGCCGCUGCAGUGGUUUGCAAGGAUGGAGGAUAUCUUAGCAUUGUUAAAACAACAGAUAAACCAUCAACAGCUGGAAAGUAAUAGGUGAGCUAGCUUUGGUAAGGUAACGAAACAUGAAACAGAAUCACAAGGAGUGAAGUUGAUACGACAUGUACAUGAAGUUUUGGGAGCAAGAUCAUACAACUUAUGUGUAGUAGCAAGAUCAUGAAGUUUUGUUAUUGUCAUGGGUUUGAUUUGACUUGUGUGCUACCUUCGCCGAGUAUAGUCGUUGUAUACUCUAGAGCUGCUGAAAUUUUGCCUUUUAUUAAUCGAGUCGAAUUAUGUCUUUUUUUCGUUGCAAUCUAAUAUACUACGGUACUUCUAAGCA